CUCGAGCGCAACCCAUCCUUACCGUUAGCUGUCGCAAAGCCCCACCAAGCUUUACGGCAUUGGGAGGGGAGAGGGGCGGAGUCACCCAAACCCCGCCACCCAACCCGGCCCGGCGGUGGUUUACGGCUCGGGGUGGGGCUAUGGCUGCGGCAGCGGAUUGGCUGCGGUGGGGGUCAGUCCCUGCCCAGUGACCCCCGAGUGAGGAGGGGGGCGGCUCAGUCAGUGCAAAGUGUCCCCACAACGCCCCGGGCUGGGUCUGCGGCUCCCCCCACCCCUGAGCCAGUGCCAGUGGGGGGAGCGGCCACGGAGCGGCCGCCGGUCCGGCCCCGUCCCGUCCCCCUCAGGAGGAGACAGGCUCAGGCUGCCUCAGGGGAGACUUGCAAGCUGUGAAUCCGAAGGAGAAGAUACAGACAGUAAGAAUAAGUGAAAGUAGUACUCAAUAUAAAGGUGAUAAUCCACCUUCACUCUUAUCUCAUAUCCCAGGCCAUCCCUGCACGUCCACCCUUGUCUGGAUGCUCGUGGAACCCUUUCUUGUUGGUUCUAGUGACUCAUUUAUGGGUAGCAGCUUGUUUGAAAUGUUAUAUGGGCACACAAGAUUAUGUAUAACGAGGAACAUGAAGAGUAGAACACACAUCAAAAACAGCGACAGCUUCCUGUAAGGUGAAUAGUGUGACUGCAUGACACUUUUGUAAGACGCAGACUCAGCUAGGAUGUUACACCAUCACUGUCGGAGGAACCCUGAACUACAGGAAGAGUUGCAGAUUCAGGCUGCAGUAGCUGCUGGGGAUGUUCACACUGUGCGCAAGAUGUUGGAACAGGGCUAUUCUCCAAAUGGUCGAGAUGCCAAUGGCUGGACCUUGCUUCAUUUCUCUGCAGCAAGAGGGAAAGAGAGAUGUGUUCGUGUGUUUCUUGAACACGGAGCUGAUCCUACAGUUAAGGACUUAAUUGGAGGCUUCACUGCUCUGCAUUAUGCUGCCAUGCAUGGCCGGGCAAGGAUUGCACGCUUGAUGUUGGAAUCAGAAUAUAGAAGUGACAUUAUCAAUGCAAAAAGCAAUGAUGGUUGGACUCCCCUCCAUGUAGCAGCCCACUAUGGCAGAGACUCAUUUGUCAGACUCCUGCUGGAGUUCAAGGCUGAGGUUGAUCCGCUCAGUGAUAAAGGUACUACACCGCUUCAGUUAGCCAUUAUCCGAGAGAGGUCAAGCUGCGUGAAAAUCCUUCUGGAUCACAAUGCCAACAUCGACAUUCAAAAUGGUUUCCUGUUACGAUACGCUGUGAUCAAAAGCAAUCAUUCUUACUGCCGAAUGUUUCUUCAGAGAGGGGCGGAUACAAACUUGGGCCGCUUAGAAGAUGGACAGACACCAUUACACUUGUCUGCUCUUAGAGAUGAUGUGCUUUGUGCACAAAUGUUAUAUAAUUAUGGAGCAGACACUAACACAAGGAACUAUGAAGGACAGACCCCAUUGGCUGUUUCAAUAAGUAUUUCUGGAAGUAGCCGACCCUGUCUGGAUUUCUUACAAGAAGUAACAAGACAGCCCAGAAACUUGCAAGAUCUAUGCCGAAUUAAAAUCCGCCAGUGUAUAGGCCUUCAAAACCUAAAACUGCUUGAUGAACUACCCAUUGCCAAGGUCAUCAAAGACUAUUUAAAACACAAGUUUGAUGAUAUCUGAUAUCCACGAUGAAAAGAACUCUGAGCAAGCUUAGUAAUAUUCCAGAUACUUAAAGAGGCUUGUUGCCUUGCACAAAGUAUAUCCUAUGCAAAUUCUGAUUUUUCUGUAAGUCAGAAGGCAGGUAUACACUUCCUUGAGUUUUUUAUACCACAUGCUAGAAGGUCUUAAUUUUUUGGUUUCUUGGUCCAAGUUUACAUGGUCCAAGCUUUCUAUACAAUAUUACAUUUUAAAAAUUUGUUGUUUUUUUUUAAAUGAGGCGUGCAGACUUGCAAUGGAAAUGGAACGUAGCGUAUUCAAAGGAAGUGAUUGGUUCUGAUUGGCAUGCGUAGUAUUGUAAGCCAUCUGAGCGAUUGUUAAACAAAAUGAGGUUUGGAGACUAAGGCACCAGUCCUGCAAAGGGACCCAUGUGGGCAGACCUUUAUGUCCACACAGUCUCUUUGAUUGAUGGGACUUUGUGUAGGUGUAAACCUCUGCCCAUAUGUAUCAUUUUGAGAAUUGUAACCAAGGUUUCCUGGGACAUACUGUACAAAUGCCAUAUGGAAACUUUUUAAAAAUGCAGUCACUCUGUUCAAUUUUAAAAUGUAUACGUUGGCUCUUUUUAUACUGUUCUUUUCCUAAUUACUGUAGUUUGGAUGUCCAUAAAUCCAGGAUCUCUGCUUUCCUGAUAUUCUCUGUAAGUGGGCUAUUGUUUGUAACUAUAUUUUUAACAGUGACAGUACACUGCACAGAGUCAUACAGUCUCUAUUUUUUACAUUAAGUUAAGGGGAAACAAGUUUAGAUUUUGAAGCCAAUGUAUUCUGUUUCUCAUACAGUGCCUCCUGUGCAAUAAUCUUUCUAAUGGAUUUUGUCCGUGAUUGUGUGACUUUCGCACCAUUUCUUACUUAGUCUCAAUGCAUUAUUUGUGAAAAUAGAAACUGCUGCUUUAUUGUAGCAUUGAUGCAGCAAUGCUAUAAUGAUGUGUCAGUUGCUGUUACAAUCCCUGAAUUUGUUGAAUGUAUAACUUGGCUGUUUUGUUUUCCCUUUGAGAUGACAUUUUGCAUAGAGCUUGUUAGGGCAGAUCUCUCUUUAAAUUGCUAUUAUUCAGCUAAGUCAUUUUGUUUUAAAGGGGUUACCAUUUUUUUUGUUGCAUUCAAAUUGUUUUUUUGAUUUGCUUGAAGUUGACUAGGAUGUAGUCUCCAUUGAUAAGUGCACAUAACCCCCAUUAAUUUGGGUGUUCCUUGUGCACUGACAAGAAAAUAGUCCCCUUAGCAUUAGAAGCUUAAAUUUUGCAAACACUAAGUGGGUGGUUCUUAACCUGAAACCGGCAAGUGAGUUCAGUAGUUACAUUUUACUUUUGUGUUUUCAUCAUAAGCAUUAAUAAGACCUGAUAAAGAGCCUGUUCCUAGUUGUCAGUGGAAACAGAAGGCCUCAGCACCAAACAGAAAUGGACCAAAUUGUGCAACCAUUUCACUGUUUUCAUUUUCAAGGGAUUAUGGAGUCAGUGUAAAGUUCUUGUCGAUGUUUUCUACUCCUGCUUUGCCAUUGGAAUGACUCCAAAAGAGCCUUUAUAAUAUCAGCAGCUCUCUCAUACUAGUGAUCUCAAUGGAAGCUGGGAGAUUGGGGAAACCAUGUCGACUAUUCAUUUUUCACACUGUCCCUUUCAAAAUGUUACAUUUAAAAAAAAAAAAAAAAGGUGAAAGCAAGGAAAGCAAGUACAUUUAGUUUAACUCUGCUGGUUCAUCCCUAAUUCCUUGAAGCCAGGGAUUGUAGUUUCUUCAAGCACGAAUCUUAUUGCUAAUGAUGGAUGCACAGGAACCAUGGCAGCAAGGAUUAUCUCACCCUAUUGUGCCUAGCCUUGCACAGGUUUCCGAACAAUGGGUGAUUUUAGAGACUCAGUGGCUCAGAGAAGGGGUAGCAGGAUGUGGAGCCUUUCAUCUCUGACUCACCAGUUCAAAUCAAACCUGCUUCAUCAGUGACCAAAAGUUAAUAUAAUAUCAGUCUGUAGGAAGCGAGUUUGUCAACUGUCCACACCACACAUCAAUCACCACAGUUGUUGCUAAUGUAGACCCUUAUUGGCAGCCGUAGCAAAGAGGCCAGAGAAUAACUGGGCAAGACAACUCUCCUCUAUAUAUAGUGCUUCCUCUAGGUCAUAGCUGAAGCACAUUGGUGGCAUUAUAGUGUGGAGAGAGAGAGAGUGCUGUUAGGUGUUUUGAGUAUUCAUUAAAGGUACUACUGAACGGCUGAUCUCUUCUGCUUUAAGUUCAGCAGUACCUAGGCAUACUGAGGCACAUUAGGAAUGGGAUGGCAGCUCUUAACAAAACUGAAGAAUCAGAGUUACGUAGAUACAGAACCUUACCAUUCUUUGUUUAAAGUAUUUAAUGUUGUUCAUCUGCUUUCCUAAGUAACUUGCUUGGUUUUAAACCAUUUUCUUCCCCAUCAGUGAAGGUGCAUUUUUACAGGAAUCUUUUCUGACAUAAUUUAGACUGUAUCUUAGUCAGAAUCCACAUGAAGAUAAAUUAUUUGUUCUGUCGUGCUGCUGUGACUUCAGAAAAUUAUGAAAGACUUUGCUGGUAACAGAAAUGCUAUUUAAUGAAGAAGUGUGUCAUUCCAUUAUUUAUUGAGUGAGGUUUGGUAUUUUUAGUAACUGACACUUAAAGGAAACACUUUUACAUUUUAGGCCAGUGCGAAACCUUUCUUUAAAAAAAAAAAAAAAAAAAUGCAGAAGUCUAAUCCCCUUUAGGGAGGGUAAAUUGUCAAAGGACCUGAUCCAAAUCUCACUGCUGUCAAUGGAAAGACUUCCACUGGGCUUUGGAUCAGGCCUUAGGGCGCCGAUUCAGCAAAGCACUUAUGGUCUUUCAGAUAAGCAUGUGCUUGCGUAGUCCUGUUGACCUCAGUGGGACUAUUUAUAUACUUAAACUGUAGCACGUAAUUAAGUUAGUAAAGAACAGGGUUUAUUCAUCAUUCAAGCCAACUAGAUUUGAAUGUUGUGGAUCUAUUCUGUUGUCACUCUCUUAAAUGGGUAUAAUGCACAAGUAGUUAGAAAACACAAAGUGAUUUGGUUUUCCAUAAUCUUUUGAAUUAGAAUGUGGAAAGAUGAGUACAGAAUAGAAAUGUAUUACAUAUCUUAAUUUCAUUCCCUUAAUAUACAUUGGUGGUCAUUUUAUUGAAUAAUAAUAAUUAAUAAUAGUAAAAUUGGCAAAUACACCAAAGAAACAGGCAAGCAAACGAUUCUGAUCAUUAAUAAACUGCAAACCUCAUACUUUAAAAACAAAGCAGAAAGAUUUUUGUAAAUAUGUGUUUAUAAAUGUACAGCAGAGUAAGAGUGGGUUUUUUAGAUUAUUUAAUUACCAUAUUUCUAAACUAUUUACUACAUUAUAGACAAUACUUGUUAGUUUGAAAAGCUUUUGAGUGUUUUGGUUUUUUUAAUUCAUCGUCAGUCAUGCUUGGAAUAACUCUGGCUUCCUUGGGAUAGCGUGGAGAAUUUAGUUUUCUGGCUAUAGCUGGCAAUAACAAGAGAACACAUCUGGACAAAGACGACUAGCAUGAUUAAUUUGUCAGACAGACACCCUGAAGCGAAAGAGAACAUACAGUUUGUUUACCAGAGUGGACCAUAUGGAAAUUUUAAAUCUUAACUUCUCAAUAAAGUUGAUCCAGAGCCCAGAAUGUCACUGGGACAAGAGCAAUUCACAAUUUGCCCACAAAUCUAGCUUCCAUGCACCUUUUUGUGUUAUCAGUAUCAUGAUGUAUUUUGUUCUUCUUUUGUAAUGUAAGUUCUGCUUUGGGUCAGUUUGAAUUUUAAAAAUAUUUAAAUCUGGUAAAAUCU